AUGAUUAUAGUUUUUAUCCUGGCUUUUCUCAACAUCUCCAAUCCAGUUGUGGCGUUCACCGGUUUUAAAAAUUGGACCCGCAGGGCUCUAUAUCAUAAAAUCGAUCUUUGCACCCAACCUUGUUACAGUGAAAUCAUUCCAGGUUUAUACUUGAGCAAUGCACGAGCUGCAGCAGACAAAACUGUUCUCAGAAAGCUUAACAUUUCCCAUGUGCUCACCAUUGAAGCUCAUCGGCUGCCGAAAUCUUCUUUUGAAAAUGCCAAUAUUAGCACACUCUUUAUUAGGGCCUACGACACUCCUCAAACCCAUCUCUUGCCCUACUUCCCAAUGGCCAACGCAUUUAUCGGCGAGGGUUUGCAAAAAGGAGCCGUUCUCGUUCACUGCCAUUUUGGAGUCUCUCGUUCAGCCACUUUGGUCAUUGCGUUCAUUAUGGAAAGAUACGAGCUGACAUACCAGCAAGCAUAUAACUACGUCCGCCAGCGAAGACGAUUCAUCAACCCCAAUCCAGGUUUCAUAUCACAAUUGCAACAAUAUGAACGUCUAAAUUACGAUGUCGAUAGUUUCAGUCGAUUCGAAGCGUACGUGAAUGUAAACGCAAGAAAACAUAAAUACAAAAUAGCUUCUUUCGCCGCUGUUGUCGUUGGUGUCCUUGUGCCUAUCGCAGUCCUGGCAUUUUGAAUCGAACUAAAUACAAGAUAAAAGGGAAAUAUGGAAAAGCAGAACCAAAAUUAUAUUUAAAAUAGGAUUAAAGAUAAAUGAAGGCAUGAUAUCUACGCAGAAGGGAUAUAGAGUACGUCACUACUGUAAUGAAAUUUCAUGAUCAAAAAUGUACGCUAACAAAAUAUUAACGUGACAAAAGCAGAAACAAACUAUGCUAUGAUAUAUUACAUUUAGCCUUUGUUGUAACCUCCGUAUCUAAUUUAAAUUUGAUAAGUUUAUAUCUUAGCCAUUUUCAGAGUUUUGUAUUGUGUUUAUAACGGCAAGCAGUUAGACGGGCUACCUGAUUUUGAAAUUAAAAUGUAGCAGUUAAGUAGGUUUAACAUUAUUCUAUAUUUCUUCUC